AUGCCGGUACAAACAAGUCCACCGUCCUUCCCGGACUCGUUCCCAUCGUUUAUGUCGGUAUAUGGUGGAUUCCCUUCGUGCUAUAAAGAGGACGAGCAUACGAUUCAUCCACUCCAAGUCCCAGCCCAUGUUCCAGUCAAUACGAAUUCGUCGCGACGACUCCUUCCUUCCGUGCAUCGCGAAAGUAUCUCGUCCAUGACCUCGGGCUCAACGGAGUCCUCACCCACCAACACCAUCUCACCGUUCGACUCUCCCUCCACGGGCGAUAUUUCCCCAAGCUCUUCUCCAGAGACCCCUUCGGCAAUGCCAUUAUCUUAUCCUAAAUUUACACCACAUCUCCGCCCGGUGGAGGUUGCCCCACUGUCCACCAUGAUCUCCGACAGCUCCAGGUUAUUGCCAGCUUCAAACCCUGCGCGCCCGGACUCGCCCGGUCGAAGAGCACGCAACCUAAAGAACCUCUCAUUACGCAUGCCCUUGCCCUCGCAGUCCCGACCCUCUAUUGCGACUGCAUCCAUGAUCGAGACUACGUCAAAAUAUCACCUCUCCGCCCCACCCUCUCCCAUUCAGAUUCCUCCAAAGAGUAGCCGGCGGCGCCCUGCAAACCUCACCAUCCUCACCCCGGGCUUCGACAAAUCAUUCACUAGCAAUGUUCCCGACUUGGUUCCUCCGACCCCUCUGGGACGCCAGUCCCUGCGGCAUACCGAAUCAUCACCCUCCCUUGCCUCGAUCACGUCCCCCGGCUUCGCCCCGCGAGGUGGUAUGCAACUUCCUCGACCAACGUCGCAUCACGGCAUCCGGCGCCUAUCGGGCACGUCAUCUGAAGAUGCUGUCUCUCCGUUGACAUCCAUGCCCGAUGAUGGCUCGACUUUCUCUCACCGCGUGAUUCCCGAACUGGCGGAAGAGGACGAACCCACGGGUUCGCGGGAGUCUACUCGUGGCACCGACCGCGGCUAUCCCAAUGGACCGAUUCGGAUAUAUGACACUGGCGUGUUCCUGUACCUGGAACCUACAGCAGAGGAAGCUGGUCAAUUCGACGUGGUAAUUAAUGUCGCCAAAGAAGUCAAGAAUCCCUUCAACACGGCAAAUGAAGCGCGAAAUGAUACGGUCAUGAGUACGUGGCGCAACGCCUCCAGGGCCUCGAAACGGUUCUCUGGCGGGGAUCCCCAAACUGCCAUUUCUGAAAUAUCCUUCAAGUCUGCGUUUGAGUACCUGCCUUCAGAAUCUGGGUCCGCGACCCCGACCACCCCCACACCUAAAUCUACUACCCCCGAGUACAUCCACGUUGGCUGGGAUCACAACUCGGAGAUCCUUGACGAUCUACUCCCUCUGUGUGAACUGGUUGACGACAGGAUAGCCCAGGGUAAAAGAGUCCUCAUUCAUUGCCAGUUGGGCGCAAGUCGCUCAGCUUCGUUGGUGAUCGCGUAUGGAUUAUACAAGAAUCGAAAUUUGGAUUUUAAUUCGGUGUAUGAACUGGUCAAGGGACGCAGCCAGUGGGUGGGACCGAACAUGAGCCUCAUCUACCAACUCACCGACUUUCGGUCUCGCUUGAUGCGAGGAUCUCCUUCCUCGCGACCAGCUCCUCGCGAGUGGUUUGUUCAAACUGGUCGCCGAAGCUCAGAGCCUCAAGUUACUCGUGCGGAGCGAGUCGAGGCUCAGCAGCGACCGGCACUUGCCGGUCUUUCACAGGCGCCGUCAAUUGGGUACCUCUCCACCCCACCGACCAACUCCUUGCGCCCAAGGACUAGUGAUAAUGGGAAUCGAUCUCCCAAGCGCAGUUUGUCCCCACGCCCACUGCCCUUCCGACAGAAGUUUCAGUCUGUGGAGCCUGCAUCUGGUCGCCCACGCGGUCUACCACGAAGUGUCAGCAGCUGCGAUCCGCUCGUCCAGACUCACGUGUUCGUUCGUGAUGCUCCACGAUCCCCCGAUCCAGGUGCUGGCUUCUUCUCCCCAAGAACCACCGGCUUCCUUGCACCGCCUCUACCCAUACCGUCACUAUCUUCUCGGGGACUUGAUACCACGAUGACCGAAAGCGCUAGCUCGGUGCAAUAUGCUAAAGACACCGCCGAUCCCCGUUCUCCUCCCGUUGGAGGAGAGCGUAUGAUCCUGAGGAACAUUGAUGAGUUCUUAUAA